GAGCAGAGAGGAGAGGAGAGAGAAAAAACAGACGGUGGGAUGUGUGUGUGUGUGCGGUGAACGGUGCUGCAGGUACACUCAGAGCCGGAUACAGGUCUUACAGCCGCACCGGACCGCGGCAGAACCGCCUCAGAGCCUGCCUCUCUCCUCCUCAUCCCCUCAUAACGACCCUCCGCGAUGUCGGGCGGAGGAGAGGUACGCGUCCUCCGCCAAGAGCCCGGGCAAGAGAGCCCGAGGAUGCCGGCCUGGAAGAGAGAGAUCUUGGAGAGGAGGAAGGCGAAGGGCGGCGGGUCUGGAGGAGCCGGUUCCGCGGAGACGAGCCCCGGCGGUGCGGGGUCGCAGCGGGUUAACGGAGAGCUGACGGGAAAUGUGAACGGCAGCAGCGGCGGCAGCAGCAGCAGCAGCGGCGGCGGCGGACCCAAGAGAGACAGCGGACCGAGCGGCGGGUCCGGGCGGAGCUACACCAUCACCACAGCCAGUCAACACUUCGCGAACAACAAAGAGCCACGGCCGAUGGACGCGGAGAGGACGACACCGAGGGAGGGCGACGGACAGGAGAGCCUGGUGCUGCAGGAAAGCCUGGGCCCGCUGGAGGAGAACCCCUUUAUCAAGCUGGAGAAGGAGCGGAGGAGGCGACAGGACCGAGAAAACGCCGCUCGUCCGGUCCAGCACAUCCUGGAGCUGUAUGGCAGUGUACCCGGCAUACGGACUAUCCGCGCGGAGAAUAUUAUCAUAAUUGAGUCGGAUCCGGAUUAUUUCCCGGAAGCUGGAGGGCUCAAAAGCGGGUCCAAAUGGCAGCAGAACGGUGUCAGUAGUUACAGCUCUCUGAACGACCUCCUGGACCGGAGAGGGAGUGCUGUUACCGAGAUAAGAGCCAAGGAAGUGGUAAUUUAUGACACCACGUUAAGCAAGAGUGAGGAGAACUUGAGCACCCUGGGCCGCCCUGAUCAUGAGGCCCCAUCAUAUGAGACAGGUGAGGGUCAGGGCAGGGUGAGCCGGAUGCUGCAGAAGUUUGACAGCAACUACGGGAAGCUGCAGAAGAAGUCCCACAGCACAGAGAACCUGCUGGACCUGGACUGUAGUGCCAGCAGCAGGCCACGACUCUGGUCCAGGCCACAGCCAGAUCUGGUGCCAAAGGCCAGGCCGGGCCCAUCGGUCAGCAGCCCGGGCAGCAGCCAGCCAUCGUCGCCUGUCUUCCAGGGCCCCUUGUCUUCCAAACCAAAGUCGCAGCCUGCUGUCUCUGAGGUGGGCAGCCCCCAGCGCCUUGCCGGGCCCCCUCAGCCUGUGUCUUCCUUCCGUCAGCGGUUUGAGGAGAGCGGAGGCCGUGGUGCAGAUGAGCCAGACAGGGGGCAAACCAAGCCCGUCCGAGAGAGAGACUGGGAGGGCUCUGAGGUGCCACCCAAACCCAAGGUGCCAUGCUCUCCAGAGACCCGUCGUGUCCGUGCCGAGUCCCCCUCAAGCCCCAUCUCAUUCAAGGUGUCACGCUCCUCAUCCGACUUCGAGAUCCGUCCCUCUCCAAAGCCAGACCUCACCCGAAUUCCUGACUCGGACACCCAGGCACGGGCCCUUGCAAACCUGCGCCUGCAGUCCCGCAACUCCUUCACAGUGAUCCCCAAGCGGCGUGUUGGUGCCUCCUCUGGAACAGGCAGCCCAACACCAUCCAGCCCAGUCAGGUCUUCCCCUUCCCACAGAGUGGCAGAGGUGCCCACUCCAGGAGUGCCAACCUCCCACCCCCCUACGCCCACCUUGACAAAGAGAAUUGAGGAGAAGGAGGUCGAGAGGCCGGUGAGGCAAUCCAAGCCUGAACCACCUCCUUCUGUUGCCACAACUCCAGCGCCUCCUCCGACCUCAGAACCCUCGUCUCCACCUCCAGCUCUAACCCCAGCUCCCUCCUCUCCACCUGCUCUGUCUUCACCCCCCUCUUCUCCGGCUGUCCCAUCUUCACCCUCCUUCUCUCCAGUUCCCUCCGACUCUCCAGCCCCGUCUCCUGUCCCUUCCACCCCCUCCCCAGCUCCAGGGCAACGUCCCGUGGAUCAGCUGCCAGUAACAAACAUAGAUGACAUUGAGGUGGAGCCUCAGCAGCGUGUCCCUGCUCCCAGCCCUGUGGCGGGGAGGAGGAAGGGGAACACCUUCACUGUGGUCCCCAAACGUAGGGUGGAGCCCGAGGGCCAGCCGAGCUCACCUGAGCUUCAGCAGGAAGCCCCAAGUGAGGCUCCACCGGGGUCCACGCCGCCACAGGCCCCAUACGCUCAGCUGGGCUCCCUGCUGAAGAAACGGUACCCAGCUGUGGAGGAGAUUGAGGUCAUCGGUGGGUAUCUGUCCCUCGCUAAGUCCUGCCUCUCCAAGUCGGGCUCCAUGGGGAAGAAGCUCAAGAUCUCAUUCAACGAGUCCAGCCUCCACAGUACGUACGAGUAUCCGUCAGAGAGCAGCGUGUGGGACAGCGGGGAGGAGGAUGAGGAGGAGAAACAAGACGGGAAGGUGGCGGAUGAACAGCCAAGCAUGGUGGGACGCAUCCACAUCCCUCGACCCAGUUUCAACAGCUCGCCCACACACACGACCAACAGUAACGACCUUUCCAGCUACAUUCCCAAGCACUCUGUGGACUUCAGCGCCUGGCAAGAGCACAAACACGAUGAGAGCGUUUACCAGGAGGACACCACUUCCCAGCAGACACAGAUGACAGAGGAAGUUAUGCUCACACCGGCAGACAGCUCCUCCCUGUCUGACUACAGCAGCGAGCCCGCUCUUUACUUCUGACCCGUCGGACCAAUCAGCUGCACAGUAGCAUCACACCUGUGGGACCAGCCUGCAGCCAGAGCCCAGCGCGGUCCGUCACACCUGGGCCUCAACUGCCUCCAGCUCUACACUCCAGCCGUCUCUAAGCACAUCUUCCUGAUCACGCAGGAAACAUAGUAUUUUGUUUGUGUCUUUGUUUGUGUUUGGGGCUGAUUUCCUGCCACGGAACCACCACACGCCACGUCUUCAACCGCAUAUCAGAGCAGAUCAGCUGGGUGGCGGGGUGUUGGAAUCCCACCUUCCUUCUUUAAUCCAAAACCAGCUGGACUGUGUUUCCCUGACGAUUUUGGGACAGUUGAUCUGUCAGCCUCCCUCCUCAUCCUCAUAUCGAUUGUCAGAAUCUAGACAGACGUCUGCCUCCCUCUCCAGACUCUGCUAGACGUCCGCUGGCGUCACAUCCCUCCUGUGAUUCUCCGCUUCCAAUGUCUUGGACAUUUCAGGUUUUUGGGAGACAAGCGAAGGAAAGCGAGUGACCAAACUCCUUAAAAUGAACAGGAAGCCGCCAGUGCCCACGUGUAGGUAACGCCACGGUGACAGAGUUCAGUGUUAGCAUGGAAACGUGUCAUGAGGACGCGUCUGCUUGUGUAAAUCGCCGGCACAGUCAAACACACGGAAACAAACAAAAAAAAAGGUAAAAGGGUGCCACAAUUGUAGUUUUUUGUCUUUUUUUUGUUUUUGUAUGCAUGUUUUGAUUUCGGCCAACAGCUCGGUUGGUUCCUUUACUGUAAAGCUUCUGUAUGCCUUUUAGUUUUUGUACGUUUUCUGGCAAACUAUGCUGUACGGAAGCUGCUGGAUGUUCAAGUAGAGGCGAGCAAACUUCAACACGCUUCCCUUUCUUCGUGACAAGGGAGGGAACAUAUGCACCCCAGGGACGAUGUCUGUCAGUCAGCAGCGAGAUUUCUGAUCACACGCUUGAAAAAAGUGACCUUGGCCAAUAAUGUCUGUACGUCCGUAUUGCUGGUGACAAACAGGAACCAUCAUACUGUAGAAUGUUUCUGUAUAUUCCCUAUCAAGGUAUCUGUGUCACGUUUAUGAGAAGCUGUUAGACCUCCCUGACACCUUUUUUUCGUGUAUUUAUUCCUGCUUAAAGUUGAAGUUUGCAUGUCUGAGACCUGCUCAUGUACAAAAAAUAACAUUUUUGUAAAGACAAAUUUGCUGGCGUGGGGUGCACACAGCCCUGCCCGACUUUUUUUUUUUUCUUUGUCGUCGUCGUCGUUUUCCAGUCGGACCUCAUGUACUUUAACAUUCCACAGAGAAGGAAGCCGGUCCAUCGGCCGUGACGAAGGCAACAACGAUUAUGAUCAUCCAUAAAAUGGCGUGUUUGUGAGAGCGAAUGCAAGAUUGUGCGUGCGUGUAAAGGAAUAUGUCGUGAUUUUUUUUAAAUUCAGAUUGUUUUAUAUACAAGGAUGCACCAAGUUUCCAGAUGAUUCCUUUUUUUUUUUUUUUUAAACUCAUAAUGCCAAGUGAUUAAAGUGUUGCUGUAACAGCCUCACACUCAUUCUCUCGACCCCUUCGGCCAGUAUUGUUGUACAGUUUCCACCAUAUUUUUCAUACGUAUGAUGAUUCUGUUUCUUACUCCUGUCAGUUUCUUUUCCUUUCAACAAUCAAAUGAAGUUUGUUCAGUCCAGGUUGCUGUUAGGAGACGUUUCGUCUUUGUCUGAUGAAUUUAGGAGUUCUCCGUUUCGUCUGGAGUCUUGGAUGUUUAAUGUCUUUGCACUGUCUUUGCUUUUAGCUUUGUUUUGCACCUCAUGAGAAGGAACAGAGUAGGCGACGGAGGAUAUGUGCACUUAAAAGAACAAAUUGAAGAGUUUUGUUUUGAACAGAAGCCACUAUUAACACCUGCUGUUAACAACCAUUGAUUGUACGUCAGAUACAGUAGACAUAGAGGAGUUUUUCAGACUGCAGGUAUUGAUUUUUUUUGUAUUUAAUCAACAUGACAAAAUAGCAUUUUUGAAACAGAACUCUUCAGCCGUACAUGAUGAAUGCACUGCCGAUGAAUGCCAUGUCCAGUUUUUGUACUCUGUCUGCCACAGCCUUGCAUCAAAAGUCUUAUGAUUGUCGGCCUUGUCGCUGUGACCACAAACUGUAGCCCAGGUGUAGUUUCACACACGGGUCCAAGGGUUCAUCUUUGAAAUGAAAAUCCCCUUAAAGUCAUUGUUUUUUGUUGUUGUUGGCCAGUUGAUCUGAUGUGUCACACUGUGAUGUACACUAUUUUUGAAGGACUGCAUCAGUGGUUAUGCUGGUGUUGGUACAAAUCACAUUUUCAAACUGUGCUACUGUGGUUGAGAAGUUCCAGAUGUCCAUUGGUUUCCAUUUAAUUUCAUAUGAUAUGAAAAUCCACGUCUAAUCUGAUUUUGGAGAGAACACAGCUGAUAUGACAUUUUAUGGGCUUUUAUUUUGAAAUUCCACAUCUGAAUGUCCUGAUAUUGUCUGAGUGAUACUCACCAGUGGUUAGCUCUGUCGCCUCACAGCAAGAGUGUUCCUGGUUUGAACCCAGGGUCAGGGAGCCUUUCUCUGUGAAGUUUGCAUGUUCUCCCUGUGUCAGCGUGGGUUUCCUCCAGGUACUCCAGCUUCCUCCCACAGUCCAAAGACAUGCAGGUUAAUCAGUGACUCUUAUGGGUUUACCCUGCCUCUCGCCCAAAUGUCAGCUGGGAUAGGCUCCAGCCCCCGCAUGACCCCUAAGAGGAUACGGAAAAUGAAUGAGGUGGUGUGCUGACAUUUUGAAGUCAGAUUGGUCUUCGGAAACAGUGCUUACCAGAUGACUCGCGUUUGAUUUGUGUAAGGUCCAAUUAUCGUUGCAUCAUCAUGCAGUCAGACUGGCAAUCAUCACAAUUAGUGUUUCCGUACCAAAGUGAAAAAUCUUGAUAAUCCCUAACAAAACACCUUUUAAGACUAAAUUUCUUAAGAUAUUGUAAAAAAUAGCAAAACUUUAGUUUAAAUCGUCCAGUUAAACAAAGGUUAACAAGACUAUGAAACUGGGCCAGCUUUCCAUACUCUGUUGUCGGCGCUACAGACACAUUUCGGUCAGUACCAAAAAGUGCUGAUGUGUAACAUCUAGCCCUUAAGCUGCAUGUAAACCAUAUUACUAAACAUCAUCAGGAUGUAGGGUAACUAACAAAAAUAAGUGCAGAGUUGACGUUAACUGUGAUGAGUUAUACAAGUCACAGUCCCUCCAGAAUGCAGGCUUUUUUUGUUUUCUUUUUUGAUUGCUGAGGCCCAAACGCCUGAUUUCACAGCAGCUUGUCUAUAAAAGUGCGACGCAUGUAACAUUUUUUGCAACGAAAUUGUGGAAGCAGGUGAAAAUUGCAAAAAUAGUUGCAAUUUAAAAAAAAAAAAAAAAAAAAAUCAUUAAAAAUUGAAGGCAACUUGUUCCAGUGAGAAUAAAACUGCACUGUCCUGAGUCCGUGACUGAUACAACACUAACGUUACACGUGCAUUAGAUCUGGAUUGCAACUGUCUUUGUCGUGGUAAUUUGUCUUGUGCGUUGUCAACACGUUUCAGCCAUUCUCUGAGCAUGUUCAGGGGUAGAAAACUGUUUGUCAGCUGAUGACUUUAGUGUGUGUUCCUCCACAACACUGCAUGCAUGCGUAACAUCAGGAAAUGGCCUUGUGCUGUCUUUAGCAGUAAUUUCUGUUGGUAAAUGUUGGGUGAAACUCACAGGAAAUUACGAUAGGUUGUGCAGAAUUCAUGGGGAUUGUUUGAAUUCAUGUUAAUUGUUGCAGCUGUAACAACCCGGAGGGGCUGACUCAGAGUUAGCAUACGAUGAGGAAAUGAAUGGAAACCAAUCGCUGCUGGACACAGUAGGAACAACACAGUCAGAAAAAAACCUUAAGUGCACAUGAUUUGCAAUUAAAGAGCUAAAAGUCCCAGAACACACUGGUUUGCUUCUUAUAUUUGGCCCAUUGAAGCCUGACUUGGACUUGCUGUGAAGCUGUGGCUACAGUCACGUGACACACCCAUGGAUCCAUCUGUGGUAACCGCUGCCUUCAACGUCCAAAACCCCAAAGAGGACGUUCACUCUUUGUGGGAAUCGUUAGCUCUCUGUCUUUCUGUGAACUGAAGGACCAAAAAAAAGGCAGAGUGGAUUGUGGGAAUCCUCACAAAUUGUCUUAAAAGACACCAGCGAAAACUUUUCUGAUGGCCACUAGUGGGACGUAAAACAGACGACUUCUGAAGCGUGCACGCGGUCUCUCACCGCAGUGUUUUCCCAUCUGCCUACUCCUGUUGCAAAGUGAGCAGUUUGUGUUGGUCACACUGUAGAGACUCUGUGGUAGAAGCUCCAUCUUGUUCCCCCUUUUACUUUCACCCCUUCGUCUGUAAAUCUUACAUCGCAGCAGAUGUGCUUACUGUAAAGUUAUUGUCAAUGAUUGGGGCAAAUAAAACAAACAAAAAAAAAAAACAAAGUGAUGUCAUACCUGUACAAAUGAAAGCUCAAUAAAUAGAAGA